CUGUGCCGCACUGCAGCGGGUUAUGGGCGGGUCAGCGUCCUUUUGUCGCCUAGUAACAGGGAAGGCGGAGGUGUCUGCGGGCUCUAAAUUGCAGUAUUCCCGGAUUCGGUGUUGCUUGAGAUGUUGUGGGACCUUAAUCUUAUGAUAACAAAAAAAUACCACUGGAUCACUUUUCCAAGAACAAAUGCUUUUUAUUGGUGUGUCGGUGGUACAGUUACUGAGCUGCUGGAGCAUUAUAAAGGCCACAGGAACCACUGACAGAAUCUGUUCUCAGAUUUGAAGGAAAUGGCGAGCAGGCAGAGGAAAAACUCAAGAACUGAUGCCAACCCCAUGGCAGAGCCCACAAGUUCUGGUAUUCACUCAUUCCAUACAAACAGGCCUGGCAAGUCUGAUCUCCCAGCCAUUGCUGGAGUUGGUUUAGGAGUUCCAGAUGCAAAACCGCCUAAUGUCGGGUUGGCAUCCAAACCAGUAAAAACCUAUCCCAGCAAUGCCAAGCCUGUCAGGAUUGGAAAGUCUGUUAUCAGCAGAUCGGUGCAGGUAUCUAUUAGUGAAGAAAACGUGUUUCUCUCUCAGAAUGAAGCUUUGCUGAAGGAGAACUUUUUACUCACUGCAGCUCUCAAGGAAAAAGAAGUUACCAUUGUAAAUCUAAGGAAAGUCCUUGAAGAAAAGACACUUCAUUAUACCAAAGAUUUAGAAGCUGAAAUAAACAGUCAUGCGUUAACAAAGGAUCAGCUGGAAGAAAGCCAGAGCUUGGUGCAAAAGAAAGACCAGUUGCUAAAAGAGAGGAUUCUACAUUAUGAAAAAGUAGCCCAGGAAUUGCAAGAUCAGCAUGAAGAGAAAGUGACUUCACUGCAGACACAAAGCCAGCUAGAAAUCAGAAGCCGAGAUGAAAAGAUAAACAAACUGAAACAGCAGAUAUCGGAAUUAUUCAAAGACAAAUCAUGGGAACAUAAACAACAGACGGACGAGUAUCAGAAGGAAGUUAAUCGGCUGGAAGAAGAAGUUCGGUCACUUCACUUGCAGUUAAAAAGAGAGAGCACAUUAGUGAAGGAAUGUGAUCAGUGCAAUAAAUGGAAAUCAGCUGUGGAGGAUACUAAGUUACAGCUAAAACUGAAAAAUAGGACCAUCGAGGAACUCCAAUCGAUGUGCCAGAGGUUCCAGAAGCAGCUCAUAGAACAAGAAAAGUUACAGAAUAUACUGAUAAUGAAGAAGAGCAGCAGCAGCAGCAGCAGCAGCGUGCAGUAAUUGUUCUGCCUUCCUUCAUCCUGGACUUUCUUCAAUUUGAUUUUUUUUUUCAUGUACAAUGAUCGAUUGCUAAGCCUUUUUUAACGUUACUUUACUUUGAUCAGAUCAAUGUACUUUAGGUGAUUCUGACACAUGCUGGGAAAUGCCUACCGUCUCCAGUCCGGUACAUCUGAAGCAAACAAACUCAUAAAAUGUCUUCGCUUUGCAGGUUUUUUUUUUACGAAUAACAGAAUUGUAGUUUAUAAUGAAAGUGGAUAUUUAUCUAUACUGCAUAUGUUAGUAACACAUUUAGGGCAGAGACACAUGCUCAGAUUCGGGGAGAUAAGUCUCCCAGUGACAAAUCUCCUCUUCUUCAAGGCACAAAAUAUAAAAUAUAAUGUUUCUUCACUGAAAUCUGCCAAGCGUGUUUGUGCCAGAGCCAACUCGUAAGAAGAACGAUACUGCUCACUGUAGGGGCUGAAAUUGGCCUGCAGUCUAAUAAGCUUUAUAGAAUAAGAGCUUCGCCUGAUUUACAGGAGUAGACUGUAUCACACUUUAUUGCAGUGCCAGCGUUUGCCUGUGUAGCCCUACAUAAAGCUCUAACUUCAGGUCAAUAAACAGUAGAAUGGCAUUUGGGAAAGGAGUCAUAGCUACUCACAAUUAGCAGUAACACUGCAUCACUGCUCAAUUUUCACCAUCAUUGGUCAUUUGAACGCACUUUUUUACCAGGUGCUGACAAAGCCUUAUAUUCAAACCCUUGGGAAAGUCCCAAAAUGCCAGGGUCUGGGGCAGAAAGUUGUUAUAAUGGUAGCAAGCUGCCCCAAUACUGUAUUACCAGCCUGCAGUUGCACCUUUGCUGGCCUGCUCAUGUCACAAUCCAUAGGGUUUUACCCUUGUUUGCAGUAUGAGCAGGCCAACAUGCAAUGUGGGUUUUGCUUCUAUGUGCAUUUUAAGGGUUGAGGGGUACAAAGCGGUUGUGCCUAGAAGGGGCAAGAAAAGGAAAUCUGGCUUUAUAUACAAUACAUAUUGUUUUUAGCCAACGUGCACAGCAUUUUCAGCAGCUUUCUUAAAGGCGAACUAUCCCUAAAAUGAAAAUGUAAUAUAAGCUUCCACAUACUGAAGUUAGAAACUUUCUAAAUACAAU